AGCACUGUCAGGGGAGCCACACCCCCUCUGGGGCAGCAGAAUCGCCACUGGCAGCCGCAGCAGCAGGACAGACCAGCAAUCACAAGGCACCUUUGAGAACUUCAGGAUGCAGAUGUCUACAGUCUGCCUUGCCCUGGGCCUGGCCCUUGUCUUUGGUGAAGCAUCGGCCUCCUACCUCCACGAGACUCGGGCAGCGGAACUGGCCACAGACUUCGGAGUGAAAGUGUUUAAGCAGGUGGCACAGGCCUCCAAGGACCGCAACAUGGUUUUCUCCCCCUAUGGGGUGGCCUCUGUCCUGGCCAUGUUGCAGCUGACCACAGCAGGAGAGACACGGCAGCAAAUCCAAGAGGCCAUGCGGUUCCAGAUUGAUGAGAAGGGCAUGGCACCUGCCCUCCGCCAGCUGUACAAGGAACUCAUGGGGCCGUGGAACAAGGACGACAUCAGCACUGCGGACGCCAUCUUCGUCCAGCGGGAUCUGAAGCUGGUUCACGGCUUCAUGCCCUACUUCUUCAGGCUGUUCCGAACCACAGUCAAGCAGGUGGACUUCUCAGAGGUGGAGAGAGCCAGGUUCAUCGUCAACGACUGGGUGAAGCGACACACAAAAGGCAUGAUUGGCAACCUGCUGGGCAGAGGGACUGUGGACCAGCUAACGCGCCUGAUGCUGGUGAAUGCCCUCUACUUCAAAGGCCAGUGGAAGACCCCCUUCCCCAAGUCAGGCACCCACCACCGCCUCUUCCACAAAUCUGAUGGCAGCACCGUCUCUGUGCCCAUGAUGGCUCAGACCAACAAGUUCAACUACACCGAGUUUUCUACCCCCGACGGCCAUUAUUACGACAUCCUGGAACUGCCCUAUCACGGAGACAUGCUCAGCAUGUUCAUUGCUGCUCCCUAUGAAAAAGACGUGCCUCUUUCUGCCCUCACCAACAUCCUGGAUGCCCAGCUCAUCAGCCAGUGGAAAGGGAAUAUGACCAGACGGCUCCGCCUCCUGGUUCUGCCCAAGUUCUCCCUGGAGAGCGAAGUCAACCUCCGGGGACCCCUGGAGAACUUGGGGAUGACUGACAUGUUCAGGCCAAACCAGGCAGACUUCUCCAGUCUUUCAGAUCAAGAGGCACUGUACGUGUCCCAGGCGCUGCAGAAAGUAAAGAUCGAGGUGAACGAGAGCGGCACGGUGGCGUCCUCCUCUACAGCCAUCAUCGUCUCAGCUCGAAUGGCCCCCGAGGAGAUCAUCAUGGACAGACCCUUCCUCUUCGUGGUGCGGCACAACCCCACAGGAACGGUUCUUUUCAUGGGCCAAGUGAUGGAACCCUGACCGCGAGAACAGCAGCCCUCAUCUGGGACAGAACUGGAGAUACAUCCAAGAAGAAGGAACUCUAAAGGAAAAAAAAUAUAUUUUAAUUAAUUUUUCUGGAGAAAAAGAAGGCAUUUGCCCUUUAGGGAAAAACAAAACAAAACAAAACAAAAAAAAAAACAAAAAAAGGUAAAUUUUUCGAAUCUGCAUCCCAGACCUCAGCCUCUCCCAGGAAUGGGGAAGAGGACCUUUCAGUAAAACUCCACGGUGGAGCCCCCCGGAGAGACCUCCGAAGCACAGCUGGGUCUCCACACCAGACUGUAAACCUCGGACAACCACUGGCGCAGCUGCUCUGCCCAUCCGGGUCUGCAGACCUGGACCCCGCCGAGACCCCGGCAGGAUGGCACCCCAAGGCUUGCAGGAGCUUUUGUGUGCUUGGUGGAAACGAUUUGUGUUCCAGGCACGUAGCUGUCACUCUUGCACUGUCUGCCACUGCUGAGGAGGCUGGCGGCGGGCCAAAGAAGGCCAGUGGGAGAGGCACACUUCCCGUUCGAGGUCUACGCCACCCCAGAUUGGAGGGUCUCGCGGCCCUGGGUGGAGACCCGCCCUGACCUGGCCAUCGCCCUCCCCAGAAACAGUGUGCAUAUAUUAUUUUGGAGUGUAGGUGACUUGUUUACUCAUAGGAGCAGGUUUCUGCUUCCCACUAACUUCAUUUUGCAGGAAUGGAGGAAGAGAAGUGAUAUGAGUGCCUGGUUCUUGGCUCUAAUCUCCCGGUGGGGAGGGUGGGAUGCCAGGGGUGUGCUUGGGUAUUUAAUCACAUCCUUGUCCUUGUGUGCUUGUGAGAGAGAAAGAGGACCCUCAAGAAAAACGUAGUCUAUGAAUUUGCUUGUCAUGUUCCCUGGUGGUCUGCGUCUUGCCUCUCAGGAGUCUGGCCCCUUGACUAGCUGCCCCUCUGGGCGGCAAGCGUGGUGGGGCCCACACUGCCCCCUUGUGGCUUCCUGAGCCCCGUGGUUCCUCUCCCGUCCUGGCCCUUCCACUCCAUGGCGAAGACCCCCGCCAAGAUGAUCUAACUUUAGGGACCAAAAGGAUUAGGUGGGUCAGAGAGAUUACAGCGAGGACAGUGUGCUUUCAAAAUUUUCCAAUAUAUUUAGGAACAGGAGAGCAAGGGGCUGCACGACCUAACAGGACAGAACUUUCCCCAAUUACAGGGUGAUUCACAGCCGCAUUGGUGACUCACUUCGAUGUGUCAUUUCCGGCUGCUGUGUGCGAGCAGUGGACACGUGAGAGAGGGGGAGAGAGACUGAGAGAGAGAGAGGAGAAUGAGAGAGACCACGAGCUCGGACUUAACUACCCUAGCUAGAUAAUCUUUCUGAAAGCCAACGAGCUAGGGGGCAUGGUAUGAAGACCCAGUUUGUUGAAGAAUUGCACAUAGAUGUUGAAUGAAUGAAUGUAACCCAAACAGGACCCUAACCGCCUCCCCCACAACCCCUCCCCACGCUCUUCAGUGAAAAAUCUUUGUUCUUUGUUUGUUUGUUUCUCUUAAUGCACUGGACAGUGACAGCUACACACAGUCCCCAUAAGGAUACCCAAGUGUGGGGUCCAACAUUCUUGAAGUUGUGUUGAAUCAUAUGCUUUUUUCACUUUUGAUAUAUAAACAAGUAAAAUAUUUUAAAAAAAUAAUAAAAUAAGUUAAUUAAAAUAU